UUGAAGCUUCAUGCCGCCAGUGGGCCCCUCGUACCUGACCCUCAUGGCAUCGUAUUCGCGACUAUCCUGUCGCAUAGAUGCGCCCCUCUUUCUUUUCUCAUAAUAAGCCAGCUGGGAUCACCCAUCAGCCCACCAUCGCUGUAUCAUCUUCAUCAACCACCAUGGUUGGCCUACUUCUCUCUCUCCUAUCAUUUUUCCUUCUACUGUCCUCCUCAGCAGCCUCAACUGUUUGUCGCUGCUUCCCUUCCGACCCAUGUUGGCCUACUCCUCAACAAUGGGACGAUUUCAACACCACCAUCUCCGGCAGACUCAUCGCCACCACUCCCUUAGGUAGUGUCUGCCAUACCAACAACACCUUCACCUCCUAUGACGCCUCCGCCUGUGCCUCCCUGCGCUCCAUCUGGGACUACCCUUCCACCCACUACACAACCUCCUCCUCCCCCAUGGCCCCCUGGUUCACCAACUUCUCCUGCAACCCCUUCUUCCACAGCAACACCCCCUGCACCAUCGGCCCUCUCAUCCGCUAUGCCGUCAACGCCACCUCCGCAUCCGACUACCAAAAGACCCUCAACUUCACGCAAACUCACAACAUCCGCCUAGUAAUCCGCAACACCGGUCAUGACUACCUCGGCAAGUCCACCGGGGCGGGAGCCCUCGCCCUCUGGACACACCAUCUAAAGGACAUUCAGAUCAUAUCCAACUACAACUCAGCCUUCUAUACUGGACCUGCCAUCAAAGUCGGUGCCGGGGUGCAGUUCUUCGAAGCCAUGGCCGCUGCCCAUAAGCAAGACUUUGUCCUGGUAGGCGGAAAUUGUCAAUCUGUUGGCUAUGCAGGCGGAUAUACGCAAGGCGGGGGACACGGACAACUAGCAUCCAAGUUUGGGCUCGCUGCGGAUCAGGUAUUGGAGUGGGAGGUUGUUACUGCGGAUGGGGAGCUGCUAACUGCAUCGGAGACAGAGAAUAGGGACUUGUAUUGGGCGUUGUGUGGGGGUGGAGGGGGUACUUAUGGGGCUGUGUUGUCGAUGACGAGCAAGGUGUAUCCUGAGUUGAGGACGACGACGGCGAAUUUGAGUUUCAGUGCAGAGGGGGUGAAGGAGGGUGUGUAUUGGGGGAUCGUGGAGAGGUUUGUGAAGGGGUUAUUACCGCUCACGGAUGCCGGGGGCGUGGUUAUUUGGGAGGCUACGAGUGAGAUGUUUACCGUGACGCCGGCGACGAUCCCUGGGGGGACAAAGGGACAGCUGGAGGGGUGGUUGUCGCCGACAAUUGAGUUGUUGAAGAGAUAUAACAUAUCGUAUACAUACAAUAUUGGUGAAUUCCCAACCUACUGGGAAAGCUAUGUGGCCAUGAACCCAAUGAGCAAUGUCACAGAAGCACAAAUCGGGGGGCGCAUGAUUCCUCGAUCAACGGUGGAGAACAACUCCAGUGCCUUGAUAACCGCAUUCAGGACAAUAGCAAACUAUGGCGCUGCUAUCUCUGGAGUAUCAAUGAAUGCCUCGCGCAACGCAAUCCCCGAUAAUGCAGUCAAUCCGGCCUGGAGGGGUAUCGCGAUCGACAUUGUUCUGGGAACCACAUUCAAUUACUACAACCGCACCGCCGACCUCCUGAACCAACGCCUCAUGACAAACGUCCUUCUUCCCCUCCUAGAGGCAUUAUCCCCUGAUAGCGGAGCCUAUCUCAACGAAGCGGAUAUUCAUCAACCGAACUGGCAGUGGGUAUUUUAUCGGGACAAUUAUGCAACCUUGUCUGAUAUCAAGGAUAAAUAUGAUCCGAAUGAGAUAUUCUAUGCCCGGACCGGGGUGGGAAGUGAGCGGUGGACAGAGUUGGAGGAUGGGCGAUUGUGUCGGGUCAAUGGAUUUAGAUGAUC